UUAUCAACAAAUUAUUGUCAGAUCAGAGGCCGCUGAGCAACCGGCAAAGGUGAAGACAUACACGAUUACACCCGGCCCCAAUUUGAAGUUUCCAAGAUGUAAUCCUUGGCAUCGGUAACAACUUCCAACCUUGCAACUCUCAGAGAAAACAUCAAGAACAAAACAGCCCCACCCAUGUCAGCAUCGCUAUGGUAACAGACUCUUACACCUUCCUAGUCGGACCCACGGAGCCUCUGUCGUCGGUUACAGAGGAUGCCCUGGUCGUCUUGACAACGCCGAAGCAUAACCACACCCAAACUGUGGAUGUUGUGCUCCUGGGGUGUCUGUGUAACUUUGACCCUCUAGCUUGUGUCAGAAAUGGAAUCCUCUCCCUAUUUGUGGUGGUAUUGGGUCUGUUAUGCCUAGUACGGGUUGCUAGGUUGGUGGAUAUUGGAAGGAGAUACCACCAAGUUGCUGUGUUCUCCCUUGCAUCGGUAGAAUGUCUCCUAAUAACAAUUCACUGGCUUUUCAUGCACUACCCAGCGAUGGAGCUAUCUGUGCAACUCUUGAAGAUGGCUCAACUCGUCAUAGUGUGUCACUUCUACUUAGCCAGAUCGGUCAGGCUACUCAAGAGAGAAUAUCUCAACCGAUUCCUUGUUCUACCAGUACUAGUGCUGUUUGGUGCCUACUUUUUGGUCGUCACCAUCUUGGGUGUUAUUAUUUCAAAAGAUCAGUCCAUUUCAUGUCAAGAUCCAUAUUGGGUGAUGUUCUCUGCUGUAGAAUGUGUUCUGGUCCAGAUGUUCAUGGUAUGCGGUAUCUACAUCACAAAGAAACUGAACAAUGUCACCAUGCUGCGAAGCCAAAAAAGAAUGCAAAAGAGAAAUAUAUGGAGUAUUAUCAUUGCCUUUGAACUGUCAUCUAUUGCUACACUCAUCUAUGAUAGUUUUAUGUUAGGAAGUAUGGAUGGUCGUACAAGAUGCAGCGAUGUUUAUAACGACAACAAUGUAUCAUAUAGUGUGGUGUAUCUGCUCCUAAUGUUCUUCAAAAUCAUAGUGCCAAUUUUAACACUACUCGUUGUGUUUCAUCCUGUUGACCGGGAGGAGCCAGAAGAAAGACUUAUAUCCAGUGGAUCGGAUAGUGAUGGUUAUUCCCACCAUCACAGACGGUUGUACUCCCCGGGGACGUCGGGCCACGGUUUCACCCCUCCUCCGCCGCCGGCUCGGAGCCCCACCCGACGCACCCAGUCUUUCCCACGGUUACCCAUCAUCACGGAAGAGGCGGAGCCACACAUUAUUAACGCCUCACUCCCAAUCUCAGCGUAGAGUUCUGGACAAAGACUUGUGAAAGAUAUUCCUGGGAACCAACAAUCAUUAACACUUCACUCGAUCCCCACCUCAGCAUAGGUGUAAAAACUUUUGAAAGAUGUGUGCAGUGUGGUUUGGGAAGUGAACUUGAUGUGCUUCUACAGUUUCUCAUGGUAUUUCAAAGGCAGUAGUGACGAAGUUAGUCCCACUACGCCUCAACCAACAGCCUGGAGCUCUGUCUUUUCCUUAUUUUCAUAGAAGAAGUGUAACCGACGAUUAAAUCUUCGCUCGCCACCUCUGCGUAGAGUCCCUGGCCUCUUCUUAUAAACAAUUGCAAUUAAUUGCAACUUUGCAACUUAUUUGUGAUUGAUGGCAGUCGCAACUACAGUGUAUGUUCAUAAGAGAUAGGAGACUGUGAUUGGUGGAGUUGUGUUUGAUUCAGAUCAAGCGAAUCUGUAAAAUCGCAUCGUGUAAAAUAGUUCUACCAACAAACCAUUGUGAUCUGAUUUCAGGCAUGUUGCCUGGAUUAAAGAGGAUUUACAUUAUGCUGCAGAUAGUGCUUUAUAUUGAGGCUCUGCCAGCAUACAGUACAGUAUCUUUUACAUAUCACAUAGGAUAUUUUAGGAUUGCAGAUGUGUCGUGGUCUAGUGGGUACAUCACCGGACUGUGGACCACGUGGUUCGCGAUUCAAGUCCCCACGCGGCACAAGUCUUGAGGCGGCACAAAUGUCUUUUGGCAAGACAUUAAUCUGCAUCUGCCACACUAGACCCAGGCGAGGUAAAUGCUAAAAUGCCUAAUGACAGCCGUGCUAAAGCUGGUAAAGCUAAAGCUGGUAAUAAUGUGGAGCGCCGGGAGUGUAAAUUCUGGCAGACAUGAGUGCUAAACAAGAACUGACCACUAUAUUAUUAUUUUAUAUUGAGCUGCAGAGAAGGUUUGACCCAAAUAGUGUAGUAUCUGUUGAUUUUGAAAAUGAUGUAUUUCUCAUAUAUCAUAUUUUCUGUGGCAGAUUCAUAACAAUAGUGACAAUACUGUAUGCUGCACCUUAGGUUUUACCUAUGAAUUAGCAUGAUUUAGACCACCUAUCAGACAAUCAGAUCCUCUUCUAAUCCAAGAUAGAAAUUACUUAAGGGCUAAGUUAAUCACUGAUUCUUUGUCAAAUUGGCAACAAAGCUAUUUUCCUUUCAUUGCUACAUUGUUCUAUAUAAUAAAAGUCCUGUAUCUGAAAAAAGGUUAUACACAGGCAGUGAUGAUAUCAAAGGUUUUAAAAAUUGCCAGGUUGUGAUGAAAAAUUCUAAAAAAUAUUGGUUUUGAAACUUAUUUUGUGGCUGAAAAUUGGAAUUUUCACCAAUGAACA